UUACAAGAUUAUAUUAAUUCUGCUUCUCAUGGUGUAAUAUUUUUUUCUUUUGGUUCAAUCGUGAACCUAUCAAAUUUACCAAAAGAAAAAUUGGAUAGUAUCCUUAAUGUCAUCAGUCGUUUAAAACAAAAAGUAAUUAUAAAAUGGGUGCCAGAUAAAAGUAUAAAAUUACCUCAUAAUGUUAAGGUCGGUUCGUGGUUGCCUCAGAAUGAUAUUUUGGCUCAUUCAAAUGUAAAACUUUUUAUUACUCACGGAGGUUUGCACAGUAUCGAGGAAGCUGUUUACAACGGAAAACCAGUGAUUGGCAUACCAUUUUUUGCUGACCAACUAUCCAAUAUGAGACAUGUCGAGAAAAACGGUUAUGGAAAGUUGAUAACUUAUAAUAAACUAACCGAAGAAUCAUUUGAAAAUGCAGUCGAAGAAGUGUUAACAAAUCCGACGUUUAAGGAUAAAUCAACGAUCCAGAGUAAAGUAUACAAAGAUCAACCGAUGACACCUUUAGAUCGCGCUAUAUACUGGAUAGAGUACGUAAUUCGGAACGAUGGAGCUAAAUAUCUAAAGAGUAGUUCAAUAGGACUGAACACUGCGCAGUACUUUUUGUUUGAUGUCUCAUUAUUUUUAUUAUCACUUACAAUAGUUAUUGGUUGGUUGGGUUAUCGUGGAAUCGUUAAAAUUUCAUCAAAAUGUAUAGAAAAUUAAAUUUAAAAAAUUAUUAUU